AAGCAUCAUCAGGCCUGAACAUAUCAAUGAUAAAAUUCCAAAACACAUUCAAAAUUCAAGGCCGGCCGAGUCCAAUUUACAAUACAAAAACCUAGUACAGCAAAGUAGRUCAUAGAAAAUUUUAGCCUUUCUUGUCCCCAUUGUCUAUAGACAAUGUUAACAUUUUAAGAGGUGAAUAGCGAAACAAGAGAGAGUACACGGUGAUGAAUUAUUGAUAGAGAAUCUGUCUUUAAACCUGUGCUAAUAAGCAACUGGCGUUAAUAAGAGGGAGGAGUCAAGAUGAAUAGCCCAAGUUGUCUAUCCUAUCACUUGGCUCACUGUACACAAGUCCUUAUGACGAACUCAAUAGCAAAGACAACACCAAGACAAGGCUAGUGUCUGUCACUAGGUUUAUAGACCAGCCACUAGUUCGAGUUUUCACAGUGUUCAUGAUUUCCAAAAUGAAGGGAUUUCCACAAGGUUUUUUCUCGCUUUUUUUGAUUUUUCUUGGCGGGGGAUUAUUCAAUUCUGUGAGCCGGUGUGAUGCUCAGAAAUCAACCGUCCCUAAAGUGAUGUACGCGUGCGAUGACCAGAUCAUGCAUAUUUCUUGUCCUCACAGAUCAUUGAGCGUCAAGAUUUUAUCGGCAAAAUACGGUCGCCUUUUGUCCGAAAAGAAUAUCUGUCAACCGAACUCAGAUCGACAGGUUGUCAGAGACUGUGGAGAAAAUAACGUUAAGCCCAAUGUAGAUAAACUUUGCGUGGGGAAAACAGAGUGUAGCUUCGACGUGGACGAUCGUAAUCUUGGUGCUUUUUGUGUCAACGUUUACAAGUAUGUCACCGUGAUUUUUAGUUGUGUUGUCAAGCCAACCACUAAGGAACCACCAACGACCACACCCACGACCACACCCUUGCCAACGACCGGUCUUACGACUACGACGUCUUUAGAACAAACAAUGGAGCCAAACACCAACUUAUCAUCAACUUACGUCACAGAUAACAGCACAAGUAAUAGCACAUCAGAACCUGAUAGGUCAAACGAGCCAAUAAAAGCAACCCAGGAAGUCAUUAAAGUAUCUCCCAGCCCCAGGAAGCCCAUCAUUGAGGUUUACGAACGAGACGUGUUUUCUCGACGAAACGGUGCCAUGUCUACCUUGUCCAGCGGUCUUCAUAGUAUUAUCUGUAAGUUUGCACUCUCUCUGUUGGUGUUGCUUGUAUUUGAUGUGAAUAUCUUCAGGGUGACAUAAACUUGCGAUGGUUUAAAUAUCAGAAUUAGUAAAUAGCGAGACGAUAGAGGAGCACGAACAGGAAAGGUACGUGGGAAGCUUAGUUUAAUAUGGACAAAAACGAAGCAAGUUAAUUUAAAGACGGUUUUCACUUGUACACUACAAUAUCUCAGCCCUACUGGCCUCAGUUUGAUGUGCGAAGUGAUGAAGGACAAGUCGUAUUACAUCAUGACAGACUAUCAAUGUCCUAUGGGCCUCACUUUGAUGCUUCUGUAAGCCGCAUUUCAUUAGAGUGAGUUGAAGAGUGCUUCAGCCAAUAAAGCCUUGCUUUCAUACAUCUUCGAAAGGCUAGUUUUCAUUGCGAGGCGAAGAUGGCUAAAGACAUUAAAGGACUACACGCAAGACUA